ACUGUAGAAGCCAAGGAGGGUGAAUCCAAAUACUUUUUAUGGACUGCAGAUUAUUUCCCUAAAAGUGGACUUUACCUCAUUUUUCAUGUAUAUAACGAUUCCGUGUCGACGAUAAUGCAGAUAGGGGACAAGGACCCGUCAACUGAGAAGUACGUGUAUCACACCCGACCCCUGGAUUCUGUAAAUAUACAGUUUGAGGUGAAAAAUAUAACAGUUCAAGAUGCCGGAUAUUACGCAGGAGGACCCUCUAAGGCAGAUGCUUUGACAGGAGAAGGAGUUGUUCUUGUUGUUUUUGGAAAACCAGUUAAAGCACAAAUAACUGGAAAUCUGAAUAUUCAAGUCGGGAGAUAUGCCUACUUGAAAUGUGAAAGUAUAUCUACGUCUGCUCCGUCCUAUUACAAGAGGUUCCCGCCAUUAACGUACUCAUGGUUUGUCAACAACAGCAGGCUUGAAAGAGAGGUUAUACAAACCUAUAGAUUUACUGUCACCGAUGAUGCUAAAUACAACAGAUACAGCUGUCAGGCAAAGGAAACGCUAGAAUCAGAAAAAAGUGAAGAAAUUCAGAUUAACCCUUUAUAUGGUCCAAGGAGUGUUAUAAUUUCUCCUACACCUGGUAAUGAGGUUAGUGUUCACGAAGGGGGAAUGUUUGGUCCCUACAAUUGUUUAUCUGACUGUAACCCACCUUGUACCUUACAAUGGAAGUAUAGCAGUUCAAAAGGCGAUUUUCUCAAUCUCUCAUCUGCUGGAAACUUUUCAAUUUCUUUACCAAAGACAAAAGCAGUUAGAGCUAAUAUAACGUUUAUUCGAUGUGAAGUAAAUGGCAUCGAAAAAACAGAAGUAUCAGACAUCAAACUGAACAUUCAAUAUUUAUUGGAACCGAGGUUAUAUAUUAAUGGUAAACCCAGCAAUGCAUUAAUCAUUAAUGAAACAGAUCACGUUUUUCUGUCGUGUUUUGUCGAAGGAAAUCCUAUUCCAGAAGUCUCCUUUCUGAAUCUCACUGGGAACCAAAACUAUAUACAUAGCGUAAAUCAUAGGGUAAACUACACAUUGAUCAGAAUGGUCCAGUGCUCUGACACGGGUACUUUCGAAUGUGUCGGACAAUCGACUGAGUUUGGGAAGAGGAAUCAGUCCUUUAGUGUUAACGUUCUCUGUGACCCUCGUCUUGAUGAACUCACUUUGGUGAAUAAAAUCUAUAGAUCAAGUAGCGGCCCGGGUGUAAAAGUUGUUGUAAGUUUACCAGUUGUUGCAAAUCCCCUUACAUCUACAUCAGAGUUCGUUUGGUUGGGACCUAAACUUGAGUCAAUAUCUUUGAACGUUUCACAAAGAGAUAACGUUGUGUACAAACACUGGAUCAACAGCACCAUUCCCGUUCCUGAUGAGGAAUCUUUCGGAACCUAUUCGCUGAAAUACAAAGGGAAAGACUUUGCUGAUAUUACAAUUCACGCCAAAGAUUCUACAGAAAUCUCUCUGACGACCUGGAUUAUUAUUGGAGGCUUUAUUGGUUUGACUAUUCUGUUGCUGACGAUCAUUGGUGUUUAUAAGCUCGCUUUUCGUCGAGGAAUUAGAACAGUAUCGAUUCAACAACCUCAACCAGCUCACGAUAUCGAUUUCAAGGUCCUGAAUAGAACAUUUGACGACAUUGAUGACGCAACUGUAGAAGAACAAGAUCAGAAUCAUUCUUCUCAGACACAGGAGGACGUAACUAAGGAGACUGAACAAAUACAGCUACUGACAUAUUGUCAGAAUGUCAGUGAACAUCAAGAAAACUAUUAUGAACGGUUAAAGCCAAUCUAAUUAAAAUUAAGAUGUUCCGAAACCGCUACCGAUUCUCAAACAGUUUGUACUUUUUCGUUUGUGUUAUUCCCUUAAGGAUGCCAGACUGGCGGACUAUACAUUAAAUUAAUACCCAAAUUACUUUAAUUUAACGUAAGACAGUACCAGUAAUGAAUAUGUAGCUGUGGAACUAAUUCUAGAAUGUUUACCGAAGCUUUUGAUACAAUCGAAUCUGGUUGGCUACUCUUUUUGUGUUUAUUCAAUCAAAAGGUCGCUGUUGUUAGAUGUUUGAGAACGUUAGCGGAUCAUCUUAUUUUGAUUAGAUUGAGUUAAAGCCAGGUCAAAAUAGACUUGGUUAAAUAGAGAUGUAACUUUUUUGUAUUAAUGACUUAAAAGAUAUCAAAGUUAAAAGAUUAUUUUUAUUAAGGUGGCAGAGGAUAGUUUCGGAUUAAAUACCGGUCUUAAAUUAGAAAAAAAAUAGAAACCUAAGGUUUGAAUGUAUAUUAUAGAUAAUUUUAUCGCUAGAAUAUUUUAUGAGUGCAUUUGGAGGGAACUCAGGUGGCGUUUUAUUAUUAAAAUAUGACACUUAAGUGUCACUACUACUGUAUAUGGGAUAUGGACUAGAAAUAACUUUUCCGGUAUUUCACCAGAAAAGCGGGGUGGGUUCAUAGGAUGAAUUGUACCUUGAAAACGAGGUGGUUGAGCCAUUGUCUUUUGCUGUUCAGUAAUAUGUACAAAUGUUGUUCUGCAAUUUGUGUGGUAGCUUAAGUCAUUAGAAUGGGCCUGGAAGCAGUUUUGGUUGCGGCGAAAUAGUGAAAAUAGGCUUGAUUUACAUGAAAUUUUGAGAUUGUCCCUGCGCGAUCAUUAAGGCUCACUGUGUAAGUUUUAUUCCUAAAAGCUUUAAAUUCCUCAAGGUACUAUACCAUACAAUUAUUACAGGUAGAGAGAAUUUCAAAUUUUCCAAUGCACAUUUUAAAAGCAGCUCAAUAUCAAGUUAACCGUCAGUCAAACGUUUUGAUUGCCAAAAAAACUAACCUCUGCCACCUAAACUCUGUAUGACAAGAUAGGGAAAAAUAAUUUGUACACUUACAUCUAUCAGAAAAAUCAGGAACAGCAAAAUUUAACUUUACAAGGGAGAACAAUGCGAAAAUCAACCAAGUGGACAAUUCCUUAUUCGUCCAUGCAACAUCAAUAACGUUGGGGUGAUAACAAUUUAAUGUUUCUUAACAAGACUUAGAUAUUAUCGAUCGUAUCCAAACGUGCACUAUGCCUAGCAGUUAAACAUACUGUAAAAGUGGAUAUUUACGUGUGGGGGAAAUUUACACUAAUUACGCGCUAAGCUAAGAACCAUAUAAAAUACCAUCGCGCAUAUGGUCACAAAAUUUCAAACUUCUGGAAUAAUUCUAGAUUAUUACUUCUACUGUCAGACCUCUAAAUAUUUUGUCUGAUGUUGCAUGUCAUUCAUUUAAUAUACCGGUAUUCAUACAUUAAGUUUAUUUUAAAUUAUGUAGUAGGCCUACUUGAUAUGCCUUAAUAUUUACGUUCAAAUUUCGACAGGUUUCAAAGUAUUUGUAUAUUUCAUUCAUGCGGAGACAAUCAGUUAUUUUCAGAAAAUAAGAAGAUAAAUAAUAAACUGUGUUUUCUUGUCAUAUUCA